AUGUCGACCAUACUCCGUACGUUGCGGAAUCUGAGGAGGAUUGGAUUAAAGGAAUAUGGACACCAGAUGCAGACACAAUUUAUAGGUGAUACCAAAGCUGGCACCUUGAUUGCUACCGACCGCUACGGCAAUAAGUACUACGAAAAUAUGGAGGAGGAGCUUCCUCUCCGGACAAGAUGGGUCGAUUACAAGGAGAAGGAAUAUGACCCCUCGCAGAUCGAGCCUGGAUGGCAUGCCUGGCUCUCUUACAUGGUGGAUGCGCCUCCCACCCAAGACAAGAUCCUGCAGACUGGUCUCCGCGCUUGGGAAUUGCCCGAGCACAGGCCUAACCCGACUCUCAGCCGCGGCGCUUACAAGCCCUACUCGACUGUCAAGCCCAAGUACUCCGCUUGGACCCCAGUUGCCGCUCCUCGGUAG